UUGUGACGUCACAAAAAGCGCGCCAAGAAGACGCGGCCGCCAUGUUGGCGCCGUGAGGGCGAAGCCGCCGCCAUGACGGAGCCGCCGCCAUGAAGCCGCCGCGGCGGCCCCGCCUGAUCCCGGCGCGGUUCUUGAGGCUCUCGCCGAGCCCCGAGCGGCCGCAGCGGGGCCCGUGGGGGCUGCGGGAGAAGCGGGCGCUGCUGGAGGCGCUGCGGGCCGAGGCUCAGCGCGGCCUCCCCGAGCAGCGGCUGGCGGCGGCGCUGAGGGAGCGGCUGCCCCGCAGGAGCGAGGAGGAGAUCCGGGCGCUGCUGGUGCGGCUGCGGGGCCGGGCGGCCCGCGAGGCCCUGACCUCGAAAUUCCGGAACUUUCUGCGAUUCCAGCGCCGCGUCCGCGCCCCCAUCCAGGGCCGAUUUUUGGGUUCCAACGCCGAUUUUUGGGGUCCCCAGGUGUGGCAGGACCUGGCUGAGACCCUCGUGGGAGGGGUCCUGGAGGGACCCCCCAGAGCCGCCUUCUCCCAGGUGCUGACGCUGGCGGCCACGGAGCCCCUGACCCUCGACCACUCCAGACCCCCCCAAAAUUCGGGGACCCCCCCACAUUUGGAGCCUUCCCAAAAUUCGGGGACCCCCCCCGAGGUGGGGACCCCCCAAAAUUCGGGGUCACCCCAAAGCCGGGGGGGGCUGCAGGUGGAUUUUGGGAGGAUUUACGAGUUCCUGGCGCGGAUCAGCGCGGGGGGGGAGGGGCCCCCCCUGCCCCCCGCAGAGGCCGCGGUGGUUCUGUCCUUACUGGGAGCGCUGCCGGCCGAACUGGGAGCACUGGGGGGGCUGGGGGGGCUGGGGGGGCUCCGGCGGCACCUGCGGGGGCUCUGGGGGUCCCUGAGCGCCCCCCCAGCCCCGGCGGGGCCCCCCCAGAGCCCCGAGCCCGCCCAGUGCCCCCCCCUGAACCCCUUACUGGUGCCACUGGUCUUACUGGGACGGGCGGGCUGAGGGGCCCGGAGCGGGGGGGGGGGGGGAAAUUCCCCAAUUUUGGGGGGGUCCAAAAUUCCCGAGGGGGCCCCAAAAUCCCCAGGGGGGGGCCCAAAUUCCCGAGGGGGCCCCAAAUCCUGGGAGGGUCCAAAAUUCCUUGGGGUGAGACCCCAAAUUCCCGAAUUUUGGGGGGUGGGAAAUCCCAAAUUUCCCGGGAAUUCCCAAUUUUUUGGGGGGGUGGGAAAUCCCAAAUUUCCCAGGAAUUCCCAUUUUUUGGGGGGGUGGGAAAUCCCAAAUUUCCCAGGAAUUCCCAUUUUUUUGGGGGGGAUGGGAAAUCCCAAAUUUCCCGGGAAUUCCCAAUUUUUGUGGGGGGUGGGGGGGGGAUCCCGAAUUUUGGGAUGAUCCCGAAUUCCCUGUGCUCUUUCCCGGGUUUUUUGGGAAGGGGGAGAAAAUAAAUGUUUGGGUUUUCCCGAAA